AUGAAUUUGUCGCUGGCAGACCCGUUCUCACUGUCGCAAGACUACCCAGAAGUCUUCUCACACAGCCUUCACUACGGGCAUUCAUCAUGUGUCAUCUUUAACCGUCGAGGUGAUCUACUGGCCUCUGGCAGGCAUGACGGAACUGUAGUCCUCUUCGAUGUCGAAACCGGUGGACUUGCACGUAUAAUGCGUGGCCAUACACGUUCAGUCCAAUCUAUUAGUUGGUCUCACGAUGGACGCUACCUUUUAUCAUCUUCGCUUGAUUGCAAGUGCAUUCUCUGGGACCUCGAAGAUGGCAGUCGAAAGCGAAUCAUCCGCUUCGAAGCAGCAGUAUACUAUGCCGAAUUACACCCAUUCAAUCAUAAUCUCUUCGCUGCCGCAAUUCACGAAGACCACCCAUGGCUUGUCGACAUAUCAACACCCAAGACAAACCGUAUCAAACUCUCCACACUACCCCGAAAAUCCACCACAACAUCAGAAGACGAAGCUGCACCGCCUUCUAAAUCUGCUGCAUCAGAUGCUAAAGCUCUAACACUUAUUACUCUCUUCGAUUCAAUGGGUCAAUAUAUCAUUACCGCCACAACAAGAGGCUGGGUGAACAUCAUCCAUACAGCCACACAAACCACCAUUUUCUCCUCCCGCGUUACCAAAUCUGCCAUAGUCACAGCCCGUCUCUCCAUGUCUGGCCGCUCGCUAAUAUUCAACAGUCGCGACCGUAUCCUCCGUACCGUUCACAUGCCUGCCCUAACAGAUGAAGAUAUUGAAGAUCCUUCUGGCAUACUAUUUGAAGUCGAACAUACCUAUCAAGACCUAGUCAAUCGGCUCUACUGGAACCAUUGUGAUAUUUCGCCUACAGGGGAAUACAUAUGUGCGAGCACAUAUAUGAAUCAUGAUGUCUAUAUUUGGGAAACAAACAAAGGAUCUCUAGUGAAAAUUCUCGAAGGUCCUAAAGAAGAAUUAGGUUUUGUGGAUUGGCACCCCACGCGACCGAUGAUCGUCGCAUCAGGGCUGGAAACCGGUAGAAUAUACAUCUGGGCUACUAACAACCCGCAGCGGUGGUCGGCAUUGGCACCUGACUUCCAGGAAGUAGAAGAGAACGUGGAAUAUAUUGAGAAAGAAGACGAGUUCGAUUACAAAGAUCGGGCGGAAAUGACUAAAGCCAGACUAGACCGGGAGGAUGAAGAAGUAGAUCUGAUUGGAAUGGAUGAUGCGCCAGGGAACUUCAGAGAGGAAGAGAAGAGUUGGACGAUGCCAGUCUUGUUGGAUAUUGAAGAAAGUAGUGAAGAUGAUGAUGUGAAGAUUGUAGGCCCAACUGCCGCCACAAGCCAGAAGAAGAAGAAAGCAGGAGCUGCAGCCGCUGAAAAGAAGGGUAAGAAAAGAAAGGCCAGGGAUUGA